GGUGUUGUAUAUAUCGUAUGUGGUGAGGUGGAAAAAGGCGGGAAAUUCCUCACACAUUCUCAAUUACUUAAGUAUGGACAGGCGCGAAAUCUAUUUUCUACAUCAGUCGAAUAUCUAAUUCUGUUCAGUGAGGAAGGCCGGUUGAAUUCACAAAAUUUUUCCCAUAGCAUUUUUCCAUUCGUCCAUAUAGUGCCUGAUAUUCCUUCAUGUGAAGAAUCUCGAGUGGUUUGAAUUUUGUGCUGAGUUUCUUCUAAAACUGUAGGGAAAAUCAUCGAGAAAAAGACUUAAUUUUCUAUCCCAAAAAUACCAUGUGAAAAACUUUCGCAGAGAGAGAAAAAAGAUGAAUUUUGUGAGGUUUCUUAAACAAAAUCCGAAUCCCGUGAAGAAAAUGAGGAAAUCAAUUGUAUUUGUGCUCCUGCUGCUAUUGCACUCAACCACGGAAAUAGUUUCAGCUGCAUCAGUUGCAGGAAGUUUUUCCGAGGAGACAAAUUUGGUGGAUAUUGGACCGACCUUUGGGGAGGUUCCACGGGAUAUUGAGGCUGCUGUGGGUCACACUGUGAUACUGUCGUGCAUCGUGCACAAUUUGGGUGAGAGAUAUGUGUCGUGGAUCCGCAUCAGAGACUACCACAUUCUCUUCUUCAACAAUGAAAAAUUCACGGGAGACUCGAGAAUUAACUGCCAAGAUCCGUCGCCUGGGAAGAAUGUCUGGAACGUCGUGAUUAGCAAUGUGAAGAAGAGUGAUGAGGGAGUCUACGAGUGCCAAGUGUCUUCAGAACCCAAGAUGGCCAGCAGAGUCACUCUCAAAGUCAUCGAUAGUCCUGCCCCGGAGGCCGAAAUGGCGGACUCGCCCUAUGUCACGACCCAAAUUUCUGGGCCCCGUGAGGAGGUGGUCAAAGUGGGCUCCGUGGUGACCUUCCACUGCUCUGCUGUACAUAGACUCAAUGGUUCCGAAGGUGGACGCGUGACAUGGCUCAAGGAUGGGCGUCCUGUGGAGAAGCACGAAAGCCCUCGGGGUGGAGUUAGUGUCUAUACAGAGUGGAAGCCCCACAAUGUAGUCAGCAGACUAACUCUCAUCGCCUCAGACACAGAGGACAAUGGAGCGUACUCCUGCUCGAUUCCAGGAUCAGGAACGGACACUGUGAUGCUCCUCAUCGAUGAAGGAAAAGCCGAGUUCCUGAUUGAUAGUUCUAGCACGAUCGUCCCAUCUGUAUAUUCCCUGAUUGCCUUACUCUUGUACAGUGUGAGAAAUUAAAGCUGAUUCCUUAUCACUA